UGGCGCCGGCCACAAUCAUUGUGGAGGAGCAGCAGCAGCAGCAGCAGCCUCCCGCUCAUCGCAUGGGGGAGGGUCUGCAGCCAGCCUCAUUCUUCCUGGCAGAGGCCGGCAGACAUGCUGAGGUGAGGGAGGCUGCAGCCAGGGAGGCUCAUCCUGUGCACGGCCUCCUCGCUCCCCCUGGAUGCAUGCAUGCCCCGGCCCUGCCUCCUCUGCAGCAUCCCUUGCCCGUCUGGAUCCCGGGCUUGGUGUGCCUUCACACGGCGAUGUCUUCACUGCAGCAGCUCUGGCAGCACAGGGACAUCCUCAUCACUUUCGUGCUGCCUCUUCUGCUCCUGCCCCUGCCACUGAUAGCCCAGACCAAGGAGGCAUCAUGUGCUUAUAUAUUACUGAUCACAGCAACCUUCUGGAUUUCAGAGGCCAUUCCUCUGGGUGCCGCAGCGCUGGUUCCUGCAUUUAUGUUUCCACUGUUUGGUAUCAUGAAAUCAAGUGAGGUGGCAUCUGAAUACUUCAAAGACAUCCAUCUGCUGCUCUUUGGCGUUGUCUGUCUGGCAUCCUCAAUCCAGAAGUGGAAUUUGCACAAACGCAUAGCACUUUGGAUGGUCCUGUCUGUGGGAAGCCAGCCUGGCUGGCUCUUACUGGGAUUCAUGAGCUGCACCUCUCUGUUGUCCAUGUGGUUGAGUAAUACUUCUACGGCAGCUAUGGUGAUGCCCAUUGUGGAUGCCGUUCUGUGCCAGCUCAACAGCGCUGAACCCGAGGAGAAAGCCUUAACCAAUACUAGCCCAAGCCGGCCGCCAAGCAAUGAAAACACUACAAAGAUUGAUCUUGCAUCUUUGCCUGAAAGCAAUAAUAUUCUGGAUAAUGGAAUUGCAAACACUGAAGAAAAUGAGGAGGAGCCAGCAUUUGAAAGCCGGAGAUAUUCCAAACAGACCAAAUCUGGGCGUUUCUACAGGACGAAACGUGAUCACAUGAUGUGCAAAGCUUUUUCGCUGGGAAUUGCGUAUUCUUCCACCAUUGGAGGGAUGGCCACUCUCACAGGGACCUCCACUAAUCUCAUAUUUAUUGAACAGUUUGAAACACGAUACCCCGGAUGUCAGUUUGUAAAUUUUGGAUCCUGGAUUGCGUUCUCUUUCCCCAUUGCCUUCAUUAUCUUAAUAUUUUCCUGGAUGUGGAUUAACUGGCUUUUUCUGGGCUUUAGCCUAAAGGAAAUGCGGUGUUGGCGAAAAUCCAAGUCUCCAAGCCAUGAGGAUUCAAGAAACAUUUUGAGACAAGAAUAUGAAAAACUUGGCCCCUUGAGUUACCAGGAGGUGGUGACCCUUAUGAUCUUCCUGUUAAUGGCCUUGUCCUGGUUCACACGGGACCCUGGAUUUAUCCCAGGUUGGGAUUCACUGUUUGGACUGAAAGGUUAUAAAUCGGAUGCUACCUCAGCUAUUCUCUUUGGCUUUUUAUUGUUUAUUAUACCCGGAAGAAAGCCCAGCUGGUGGUGCUGUAGAUCAAAGGAAAAGCCUAGAGUGUCAGCGGCGGCAGAAUCCACGCCAAUGAUCACAUGGAAGGAGUUUGAAGAAUGCAUUCCCUGGCAUAUCGUCAUUCUGGUCGGAGGUGGUUUUGCGCUAGCUAAGGGAUGUGAGGUGUCUGGCCUGUCCGUGUGGGUCGGGCACAAGAUGGAACCACUGAGCAGCUUGCCAGUCUGGGUGAUUGUACUGAUUGUCUGCCUGUUGGUGACCUCUGUGACAGAGGUGGCAAGUAACCCGGCCACCAUCACCAUAUUUCAGCCCAUCUUGUCUUCACUGGCUGAAGGAAUAGGAGUAAACCCGCUCCUGGUCAUCAUCCCAGCGACUAUAAGUGCCUCCUGUGCGUUCCUUUUGCCUGUUGCCAAUCCACCAAACGCCAUUGUAUUUUCAUACGGUCACCUGACUGUGACGGACAUGAUGAAAGCAGGACUGGGGACAAACCUAAUCAGCAUGAUAACAUUGUGGUUUGGACUUUACACUUGGGGGUUUCCCAUGUUUGACCUGAACACUUUCCCGGACUGGGCAUCUCACAACAUAUCAACAGUGGCGACGCCGUGAUCGACUUCUACGUCUCCGUUUCUGGCGUGAAGAAGGCAGAUUCUGAUUGACUUCUGGGGAUGAAUCCAAGCAAUCUGCGUUCUCUGAAUGUUCUUAGUCUGAGUAUUAUCUGCUAGCUGGGGUGGGAAUUGGCUGAAGACAUGGAGCAUGCAGGUUGCUUUGUGGUUUAGUUAACACAGUAAAGCAUUAUAGAUGGAUUAGAUGGAGUUUUUUUUUUUUUAAAGUAUGAAAUAUUAAUGAACCUUUUUAUCAUUCACAAAACAAAAGACAAAUUGGCUGUGAUGCACGCAGCCUGGCACUAAAGAACAGCAGCGCCCUUCCAAAAAUACAUGAGGCCUGUUCACUUCUUAUGAGGGCUCGUUCAGACUAAUGUAUUUUGAGUUCCGUAUACAGAACCAUUCAUUUCAACGGGUCCGCAAAAGAUGCGGACAGCACUCUGUGCGC